CAGAACGAAGACACAAUGAUGCAAAUAGUUAAAAUAAAUUACCUUUUUGCUUUCGGGGUGUUUAUUAAAGGUGUGACAGGUGUGAUCAUCACUCAGCAGACUGUGGUGGCAGCAGUGGGGGGAGAUGCUCAACUCAGCUGUCAGCUCUUGGACAACAAAGAUGUCGUUCAAGUCACAUGGCAGAAAGUUUUACCCAAUGAGAAAAAGAAUGUUGCUUUCUAUAAGAAAAAAAAUUAUCCAGUAAUAAACACUGACUUCAGUGAAAAAAUCAAGUUUAACGAGACUGAACUGCCGACCACUUCCAUCAUCAUCAUGAAAUUAACAGAGCAGGAUGAAGGAUGUUAUCGCUGUGUCUUCAAAACCUACUCAGAGGAUGUUCUGAUAAACAGAACUUGUCUCCAGAUCUAUGAGCUGCAUGAACCCGUCCUUCAUGUGGAAGAAUCAAAGUCUCCUGAAGAGACACGUGUGUCCUGUUCAGCCACGGGUCGACCUGCUCCGACUGUAACGCUGACCGCUUCACAACAUCCUCUCUACUCACACAACACCGUCAGUGUCAACAACACCAACGGUACAGUCACCGUCACAACUACAGCCCUGCUGUCAGGUUUCCAUGGCAACAGCAACCAGGUUGGAUGUGCAGCGGGAGCACCGUCUGGUCCUCAGAAAGAUGUGUUCAUGAUGAUUCCUGAGAAGAAACAGAGAUCUGUUGACGGUUUGGAUGAAGAAUCUGGAUCCAAUCAGAGAUCAAGAUGGACUUUGAUCAUCAUAAUACCCCUGAUGGUCGGUUCGGUUGCUUUACUUAUCAUCAUCAUCAUCAUCAUCAUCCGGGUCAGAAGCAAAACUCAAAACAGGGACGCUGAGGCGAUCAAGAUCUCUUCAACUCCAUACAAGGACCAUCAGAAGGACAGUGAGGUGAUCCUGAUCUCUCCAACUCCAUACAAGGACCCUCAGAAACAGGGUGAGGAUUCUCUGGGCCGGACGUAGCGCGUGGAAGGAUCACGUUAUUCCGGCCGGAUCCUCCCCACCCCAUCUGGCGCCCCGGUUGGCCAGAGGGGGCAUGUAGAGCCCAGGACUGUUGCAUGUUUUUGUGAGACAUUGCUACCCAAGGGAACACAGGGAGAACAUGCAAACUCCCCCUACAAACACACAUUUAAAUGCAUGAUGAAAAGAUGAAAAAGGUUGCCACUGUUUAUGAUGUUGUAUUUGCUUGAUACUAAGAUCCACAAUGAUCAUGUGAUAAUUGUACAUUUCUGUGUUCACACUAAAAAGAGACGAUUCAAACUUUUGCACGACAAUAAGUCGUACCUAUUUAUGUUUACAGUAUUUGUCAAGUAUUUUUAAGCUGCAUAUCAUUUUGAUCUGUA